AUGCACACACAUUCAGUAAAACUCCUUCAUUCAGUAAAACAGCCUUUCCACUCUGUCCACCACAGAGCUCAGUUGGUAAAGACAGGAGCGCACGGCUUGUUUUGAGGUUGUUGCAGAGACGCUUAGCUCUCUAUGCAUACACACUGCACAAACUGCAUUUUACCUGACUGGUAGCAUGAGCUGUCAUUCAUCCGAAUUCCAGAGUCACUGAGAGUUUAAUACUGUGCACGAGUAACCGAGGGUUUAAUACACUGGAGGAGCUUCACAGGAAAACCUGCUUUAAAAGCAAGAUCAGCUGAGCAAAAAGCCCGAUACGAUGCCGUAUGUUUGCCCCUCUCUCUGUCCGAAGCAAGCUGUACGUUACAAAACAUCCCAGUAACAUGUCGCUGUUGUCAUGUCUCGGACAGGAAUCGUGCGCGAGACGCUCCCUUCCUACUCCCGCUUUUGCUUAGUUCCUGUUAUUUCCUGUUACUUGACCGUGAAGUGACUAUUGCUGAAGAAAUGGCGCUGAUCUGCCACGGAUGAAGCAUUGAGGCACUGCUGCGGACGGAUUCACCGCGGACCGGAGUGCACGCUCUCGGCCCUGGUGCCACCGUGUGUGUAAUCGAAAUUGACAACAGGCGAACGGCAAGCCUGCAGGAAGUUUACGUAACCCCCCCGCUUCCCCCCCCCCCGGCAAACUCGGAGGACCUCGUUCUUUCGCCACCGGCGGAAUUGACACGUUUCCCCGGGCCCAACGAACCCAGAUGCUGGGGUAGAGAGCGCGAAGACACGUUCCCUUCCAGGAAGCUGAAACGCACAAGCCCCCCCGCCCCUCACGGUCGUGGGACGGUCGGCUGGCAUCCCAGGUCAGCUGAGGCGAGGAUGUGAAGGACCAAUAAGGGAGGUCUGUGUUCCCCAGUCCUGGCAGGAGCACACCCGGGUCCAUCUCUUAAUUUGUACACACUUCCUUGCCCCUCCUCCCCCCCCCCCCCCCUUACUUCCUGCUCACUGUGAGCCGUCCAUUCAGCUCAAGAGAACAGCCAAACGCUCUCCAUGCUGAACGUGAUCAAAUGGCCCAGUUCAGAGAUGCCGUGGCAACCGGGUCAAAACCAGAAAGUCGUCCUCCCCGUUAGGAUGUCGCACUUGGCACUGUGUGUUCAGCAAGCCUCUGGGAACUGGCUCUCUCAGACACACACCGGCCCAACGGCGAACCCUUCCCUAGCUCUGAGCGGGCCAAGUGUGACACGGCCAGCCUGCUAAACGCUGCGUGGAAGGACGGGCGGUGGGAGAAGAGGACGAUUGAUGACAAGAAGUGGGAAAGACGGUUUCGGAGGCUGUGGCCCUCACCUGCAGCGUUGGCGGGGGAACUGAAAGCUGAACCUGUCUAUUUAUAUUGAAAAAAAUUUAUUUUCUUUUUAUGGAAUCUAAGCGUGGUUGGCUGCUGUGAGCCUGAAAAUCCCCUGAAUUAUAAUUGUUACUGGAAUGUGCCAAGCUUCUUUUGGGGGGUGUUAUUAGGCAAUUUUGGAUAUUUUCAUACAGAUUAUUACAGAUUACUUGUUGGAAAGUACCGCGGAAGGAACUUGAGAGACCCAACUGCUGCCAAACUCGGGAAAGUUUUGAUACAGGAAGACUGUUGCAAGAGGACCUUCCGAUCCCAGCUCUCCUGCCUUUGACUGAGGGACGAGCGAUUGCCCCAUCGUCUGUCGAAACGCGUCCCGGCUCUGUGAGGCCGGCCCCGGCCUGGUCUUCACACUUACACCGCUGGUGCGGGGCAUGACGGGACCGCCGCUCUGAGAAGAUGAGGACGAUAUCCCCGAAUCGGACCCCAGACGCGCCCGCGGGCGUCCAGGCCGUCCAGGACGUCCCCAUCCCGACCCUGACCGUCCUCCCGCCGUCCUCCGACACGGAGUCCUGCUCCCGCUCCCGCGACCCCAGCCCGCGGCGCCCCCGCGCCCGCAAGGAGAGGGGGAAGGACCGGAAGGAGAGGAAGGGGCGGGGCGGGGACUCUGAGGAACGAGGGAGGAGGCGGGAGAGGGAAGAGAGCCGCAGCGGGGGGCGCUCCCCUUCUCCUCUCCUCCUCCUGCGCCCUCCCAGCUCCUGGUCCCGGAGCCCCUCCCCUACCCGCCGCUCCCGCUGGUCCCUCAGGAGCCUGCUCAGCAGGGAGUCCACAGACUGUGACAGCUGCAGUACCGCCAGUAACUCUCCGCGCAGUACGCCUGGCAGCUCCCCCUCCGUACGCCGGCGGGUCCUGGGGGGGCGGGCCAGCGAGGGGGAGGGGGGCGGGUCCGACAGCCCCCUCCCGCCCACCCCGUCCUCGUCAUCGUCCUCCUACCCCCUCGGCCCGAGACACUUCGCCCGAAACGCCAAGAAGAUGCAGAGCUGGUACAACGUACUCAGUCCUACGUACAAGCAGCGGAACGAGGACUUCCGUAAGCUCUUUAAGAAGCUCCCGGACAGUGAGAGGCUCAUUGUGGACUACUCCUGUGCACUUCAGAAGGACAUCUUGCUGCAGGGCCGCCUCUACCUGUCCGAAAACUGGCUCUGUUUCUAUAGCAACAUCUUCCGCUGGGAGACCACUAUCACCAUCUUGCUGAAGGACGUGACCACCCUCACCAAGGAGAAGACGGCCAAACUGAUCCCCAACGCCAUUCAGAUCAGCACCGACCACGACAAGCACUUCUUCACGUCGUUCGGAGCGAGGGACCGCAGCUACAUGCUGAUUUUCCGGCUGUGGCAGAACGCACUGAUGGACAAGCCCCUCUCUCCUAAGGAGCUGUGGCACAUUGUGCACCAGUGCUAUGGCACAGAGCUGGGCCUCACCAGCGAGGACGACGACUACGUUUCCCCCACCGCUCAGCAUAUCAACGGUCUGCUGCCGGGGGAGGAGUCCGUGUCGAUGUCGGAGCUGUUGGAGCUGAGCUCGGUGGGCGUGUCCUGCUCGCCGCCCUCCUCCUCCUCCUCGUCCGCCCCGUGCGGGGGCUCCUCUCCCCCCUCCAGCGCGUCGGUGGACGUGCCGUCCCCCAGGGUGGGGUUCGAGCCGGACCCCAGCCCUCCCAGCCCCCCCAGCCCGCCCAGCUCCCAGGGGUCCCUCCCGUCCGCCGCCCUCUCCACCCAGACCGGGGGCGCCUCCGCCAACCUGGAGGAGGGCGGGGAGAGCCUGUCGGAGUCAGCCAAUCACGCGCCUCCUCCACUGCCCCACAGCCUGGGAAAUCUCUCCUCACUGGACGUCACUAACGACGAGGAGCUGCCCACCGACCCCAGCAACUCCUCGGACACACAGGAAGAGAGUGAGGUGGACUCGUUCUGCGGGGACCUGAGUGGGCGGCUACACAUUAACACGGUGGUGCGGAUGGGCGUGGACAAGCUGCACGACCUGCUCUUCUCAGCCGACACACACUUCAUACAGCACCUGUUCUCCCAGAGGCACUUCACUGAUCUGAAUGUGCGUGGUUGGCAGCUGGACGGCAGUAGUGGGAACACCAGCAGAAUUCUGAGCUACACCAUCGCCAUCAACAACCCCCUGGGCCCCAAAACCGCACCCGUGGUGGAGACCCAGACCCUACACAGGAGCAGUGCCCGGGGCGAGUGCUAUGUGGUGGACUCUGAGGUCAUCACUUCGGGCAUCCCGUACCAGGACUACUUCUACACCGUUCACCGAUACUGCCUCACCUCCGUCAACCGCCACAAGAGCCGUCUCAGAGUGUCCUCUGAUAUCUGCUACAGGAAGCAGCCGUGGAGCCUGGUGAAGGCUCUGAUAGAGAAGAACACGUGGAGCGGCAUCGAGGAGUACUACAGGCACAUGGAGAUGGAGGUGUGUAAGCUGGAGACUCUGCUCCAGUCGGAGGUGUCGGUGGUGGGGGCGGGCGAGACCAUCGCGGCCGACGCAGCCAAGACCCCGCCCGGCCUGCGCAGACGCAAGCGCAACUGCUCCCGGAGAGCAGGAGAGAGGGAGAGGGACGGAGGGGCCGGCGGAGGGGAGCGCGGCGGAGGAGGCCCCGGGGAGGAGAGGGACCGGAGGGAGGCCGGUGGUCAGUACCUGAAGCUGGGAGAUCGAGCCCGCGGAGGCGGGAGCAUCUCCACCAUCCUGCUCAUCGUCAGCUUCAUCCUGGUGGUGCUGGUGGCGUUGAACAUGCUGCUCUUCUACAAGCUGUGGGCUCUGGAGCGAGCGGCGCACACACUGGAGACCUGGCACUCAUACUCCCUCACAGACAGCCCACUGCCCCAGACAGCCGGAGAGUGGGCCCAGGUCCUGCAGUUGCAGAGGCAGUUCCACCAGGCCCAGCUCAACAAGUGGCAGCAGAUACUGCAGUCCUCUGUGGCCCUGCUGGACCAGAUGAAGCAGUCUCUAGAGAAGCUCCACAGAGGGAUUAUCACUCCGGAGGUGCAGCGGGAGCCCCCCUCGGAGACCCCCGCAGAGACCCCCACUCAGCACUGACCCCCCUCUUUGUCCCUCAGCAACCCCCCUCCAGGACCCCCAUGUAGUGGGCAUGUAGAGCACAGAGAGCCACUCGCAGGACUGCUGGGACAGUGCGUGUGACCUGCAGGGCUCCAGCUCAACCAGCAAACUCAACCAGACGGCACCCUGUAUGACUUGAUUAAAAUAACUUGAACCCUAGAUACCCCAGGUGCCAUCACGAACCCCCACCCCCUUGUGUCAGAAGCACUUCUGGGCCGGAAUGGCCGCCCUAGAGUGUGUGGGAAUUGGGCGGAUGCACAGAGAGACCCCGCCUCCAGACGCUGCUCUGUGAGUAUUUCAGGAAGGACAGCCGCUGCUCCCGUCCCAACACAUUUCAGAACCGCCCCCCAGAACCGCUGUGGCCCCCACCUCGUCAGGUCCAAACUGCCAGCGCCCGUCCCGGGCCGAGAACGCACUCCGCUGGAGUUCCGCAGUGCCGCCAGUCAGCCGAAGAGGAGGGGAGGAUGCUGGGAGAUUGGGCUUGGACCUGCCCACUUUGCCCGCACCUCCUUCAGGCUCCGCCCCUGUGACUGCGAAGGACCGCAGUCCCCCCCCCCCCCCGGGAAAAAAGAAUCAUUACUCAAGGCAUUUCCAGAACAACCCAACACACUCCUCCUGUUUUUCAGUUUUUCCUUCUGUGUUUUUUGUUGUUGUCGAUUAUUUAAGGCUCCAGUGCGAGUGGUGGGGUUGAGCUUGAGGGUGAAUGUGUGUGCGCUCAGCCAUAACAGUAUUUAUUGUCAAGACUCUCCUGGGUUCUCCUGGGUUUUUGCUCUUAGUCCGGAGUCCUGUCUUAUGUUCACUGUUCUUCCCCCUCAUGGACCAAGGGUGGGGCGAAAAGGUCAAGAUGUUACAGAUUCUAGCAAUAAUGAUACUAGCAUUUUUGUGUAAUUAAGAAAAACAAUUGUGUGUUGAAAAGUGAAAAGGUACCGAGUGUACCUGCCGUGGACAGAGGCAUGUGCUGGAAUAUCCCCUCCCUCCAUUUUGUUAUUUUGGUUUUCAUUUGUAUCGUGAGUUUGUCUGUCUGAGCCCUUGGUCCACACCGGUCCAAAUGCUCCUCGUGUCUUUGGUUCCGAGUAGUGCAAGACCUUGGUUUCGGACACAUUCUGUGCCAGACUGAACCGGUGCAAUCCAGACUGAACCGGUGUGGUCGUUAGCGAUUGUAUUAAUGGACUCAACUUGAACAUGAUCCGGGUUCCUGUGGACUCCACCAGACCAGACACAGUUCAUUUCAGAGUCCACUGGGCUGGACUUUAAGGACCAAGCAGAACUCUUUUAGGUCCGGAUGAAGAAAAGGGAAAUUGGCAGUAUUGUGUUCCAUUUUUGUGAUCUAUAUUUGCGUCUUCAGACAUUUAUUUUAUUUUAUUUUUAGCCUCAUAACUGUUCUCCGGUUACGGUUUUGUUUGUCUUUUACCUUCUGUCUUUAAUAUGAAUUAUCUCUCUCACACACACGCACACACACACACACACAAGCAUACACACACACACACACACACAUGCACACAGCACGCACACACGCACAUGCCCACGCGCAGCCACCCACCAAUGCAGGAACACACACACACACACGCACACUCACUCUCACACAGACUCCUCUUUUUUCCAACUGCUCUCUCCCCCUGGUCACUCCUCCGUGGGUCCCCCCCUCCUGUGCCGAGGAUCAUCUGUGUCAGCGUGUGGGGCCUUGCUGGGCGUGGCCUGUCCGCCACUGAUCAAAGCCAUAUUUAUUUGGGGGCGGGAUGGAGGGGCGGGACGAAUGUACUGUACUGUACCAUAAAGGUUUGAUUGUUCCAGAUGCUGUGCUACGAAGUAAGUCUAAAAUAUGCAACAGAA